AUGGAGGCAUCGGUAGUGUCGGAUGCAGGAAACGUCGAAACGCUUAACGGUGAAGCCAAGCAGAGCGAGACGAGUGGAAGCGAAGGUGGAGAGCGAGAGACGCAGAAGAAAGGGCAGGAAGAGCGGGAGGAGAGCGGAGACGGGCCGAGAGGAGACGGAGACGGGGCGAGAGGAGACUGUGCGCAGCCGCAUUUGCUGACCAUUGAGGAGGCGACGAUGCGAAUAAGAGCCAUCGCGCAGGAGAUCGCAUUCCCCGCGCGGCGAAGGGGACGCGGAAGGGGCUACGGCGGAAGGAGUCGGGGUCGCGGUAAGGUGGAGCGGAGUGGGGCGGGACUGGGGGAACGAGGAGCGGAGGAGAAGCAAAGAAGUGAGGGAGAGCAAAACGAAGAGGAGAGGACACGAGAGGAGGACGAGCGAGCUGAGAUGACGAAACGAGACGAGGAGCGUUUACGGAAACUGGAGCAGGAAAGGGCUGGGGCAGACGGGGUGGGAGGAGACGGGAUGGACGGCCGUGCGGAGCAACAGGGGAUGGGCGGCAGUGCGGAGCAAGAGGGGAUGAGUAUCGCGGAGGCGAUGGAGGCUGUACGGUCCCUUGCAGGGAAGCCUGCGCUCAACGAGGUUCGGCGAACGGGACAUGGAGGGGCGUCUGGCGUGAGUGAUGAAGGAGGGGAUAGGGUGGAGCUGAAGGGGGCGAAAUUGGGAGAAGGAGGUGCGGGCGUGGAGACGGAAAUGGAUCAUUGUGAUGCUGCUGGUAGUGGUGGUGGUGGUGGUGGUGCUGCUGCUGCUGCUGCUGCUGCUGCUGCUGCUGCUGCUGCUGCUGCUGCUGCUGCUGCUGCUGCUGCUGCUGCUGCUGGUGAUGCUGCUGGUGGUGAUGCUGCUGGUGGUGAUGCUGCUGGUGGUGCUGUUGUUGGUGCUGCUGAUGACGUCUCAAAUCCCCCCUCCCCCUCCUCAACAACUCCCACCACCAGGCUCUACCACAUAUGCUAUAUGGCGGAAGCUGCCAGGAAGCUGGGCUUGGACGGGUCGGCGGCGGCGUUUGUCCCGUUGUGCAGGGAGCUGGCCAAUGACAGCGAGCCUGAGAUCCGCCAGACGCUCGCCGAGCAGAUUCCGCAGCUGCUACGCGCAUAUGCCCCGGCGGGCAGCAGGGCGCGCGGGGCACUGAUGGAGCUCAUGGACGUGGCGAACCUGCUGCUGCUGGACGAGGCUGAAGAGGUGAGUGCAGGUGGCGAUGGUGGCAUAUGGCACGGAGGAGGAAGCCACAGCCCAUGCUGCUCUGCUCAUGCUGUUUUGCCCUUCUGCCCCUUCUUCUGCCCCUUCCUCUGCCCUUUCCUCUCCCCCUUCCUCUCCCCUUUCCAGAUGCAAGUGGCGAUGGAGGGCGGCUAUGUGGCAAUGAUGGCGUAUGGAGCGGAGGAGGAAGCUACAAGCCAUGGUGCCGUGCUCAUGCUGGUUUGUGCCCCUUCCCCUUCCCCUUCCCGCUGCCUCUCCUCCCCGCACCUCACAGGUACAAGUGGCGAUGGAGGGCGGCUAUGUGGCAAUGAUGGCAUACGGCGCGGAGGAGGAUGCAGCGGUGGAGGCGAUGCUGCUCAAUGCCCUGCUGCGCCUCGCGCUGCUGCCGCACUCCCAGCCUGCUCGCGUCUGCGCUGCCUCUUCUCUCCCCUGCUGCUUGAUGCCUUCUCCGGUGCCGGUGCACUUCGCCCGCUCUUUGAGCACCGAGCCGUGCCGCACCUACUUGCGCUCGCUGCUGACGUGCACUUCCAAGUCAGAAAGGCAGUAGCAGAGGGCCUGGCGCAGUGCUGCAGGGCCAUGGGGGCCAAUGCUGCAUGCCUGGACGGCUCUCUGCUCCCCCUGUUCACCUCGCUCUGUUCCGACACCUCCUGGGCCGUGCGAGUGGCGUGUGCAGAGGGCAUAGUGGCAGUGGCAGAGGCUGCUGUUGCUCUCGCGCCGAAGGCUACCUCUGCUGGUGAGGUGGAGAGUGCAAACGCUGCAGCACAGGGGCUUGAAGCUGCAAGAGAAGCUGCACCUGCUACUGAGGAAGUCGGUAUGGGGGAUGUGGGGCUCGCAGGAGAGUCAAGGGUGCAGGGUGGUGGGAUGGUGUCUGGAGCGGUGCGGCACGGUGGAAUGGGGUCUGAGAGUUGGGGGGAGAUUGAAGAAGUGCGGGAGAUUAGUGAGGAAGCGGGAGACCAUGAACCAUCAGCGUGGGUGCGGGAGGCAGCUCUUCAAAUGCUGGGGCCGCUGCUGUCCGUGCUGCGAGGCGCUGACAUGCGGGACCUGGUGCACAUGUUUACGAGCAUGGCACAGCCAGUGCCCAUGGGUGAUGAUGGCGAUGGCGAUGCAGACGAUGACCGCCUGCCGCUCUACUGCGCCUUCAACUUCCCAGUGCCCAUGGGCGAUGGUGGCGAUGACAUGAUAGGGCCACCAGUGCCCGUGGGCCAUGGUGGCGAUGCCGAUGCUGACAAUGAUGACCGCCUGCCGCUUCACUGCGCCUUCAACUUCCCACGUGGGAACAGCGUUGCUAGCAGCAACAGCGGUGGUGGUGGGGCUGGGCCCAUCGCGCUGGUGGGAGCUGGAGGCAGCAUACGGCCACCUGCUCGCCUCACCCCAUUGCAUGCUGUCUACCACUCCCCCCUCAACUCUCUCUUGUCAACUCUCUCUUGUCAACUCUCUCUAUAUCCAUCCCUUCCCUCCCCCAUUCUUCCUCCCUCGAACCCGUUCCUGCUCUCCUCUCCGCCAAUCGCGCCGUGCCAGCUGGCGGUGCGGCGCACGCUGGCGUGUCACGUGCAUGAGCUGGCGGGGCUGCUGGGGCCGGCCAUAACCGUGCGCUGCCUGCUUCCCGCCCUCCAGGCGCUCGUGUGCGAUGAGGACGAGGUGCGCAUGGCGUUGGUGCCCACAUUCACGGCCUUCAUGGCGUGUCUGCCCGCCUCCCACCGCCCGCACUGCGCUCGCCUGCUGCCGCGCCUGCUGUGGCGCCAGGGGCUCUCGCCCCAGGAGGUCCACGCUCAGGAGAUGGCAGCUCAGCGCGCUGCAGAGGCUGCAGAGGCAGCAGCAAUAGCAGCGGCAGCUGCAUCAGCAGAGGGCGGAGAGCGAAGGGAGGGAGGAGAGAGAAGUGAAGGUGAGGGGAUUGAGGGAGGAGAGGGAGGAGGGGGAAGUGAGGGGGAAGAGGUUUGUGCGUUAGCAGCAGCGCCUGGUGCUGCUGGACGCGCAGAGGGAGUGGGGAAGAGACCAGAGGGACUCGUGAUCGCUCCCUUGGACCCGAGUGCGCAUGUGGAAAGCUGCCUUGCAGAGAGUCCUGUGUCACCACGCCCCUCUGAAGAGGGAAUUGUUAUAAGUAGUGGUGUGUUACAAGGGGCAAGUGUAUAUGGCGAGGAGUAUGUGGAUAGCCCUCGGUACCCACCGCCGCCAAGGAGCCUCGUGGCUGGUUCUGCGGAUGGGGCUGCUGCUGAGGGUGGAAGUAGCGCGCGUGACAGUGACGAGAGAGAGGUAAAUCCAUGUAACAGUAACGAGGGGGAGCGGCUGGAAGUUGGGCAGGGUGGUGAGGGAAAGGAGGCGAGGGAGAAGGUGAGGGAGGAGGCGAGGGAGGAGGCGAGGGAGGAGGCGAGGGAGGAGGCGAGGGAGGAGAGCGGUGGGCUGUGGGCGAAGAUUGUGAGUGGGCUGGGUGGCCUUGGGACAGGCGGUUGGCUGGGGGAGGUGGCAUUUGGGGGAGGCGUGGAGGGUAAGGGAGGGGAGGUGGCAUCUGGAGGAGCAGGUGUGGAUGGCGGUGGAGAGGAGGUGGGCCGUGAGUGUGCAGGGGGGGAUGUGGAGGGGAGUGAGGGGCGUGGUGAUGAUAGUUUGAAUGAGGGGAGUGAGGGGCGUGGGGAUGAUAGUGUGAAUGAGGGGAGUGAGGGGCGUGGUGAUGAUAGUUUGAAUGAGGGGAGUGAGAGCAGUAGUACUAGUGGUGAUGGUGUGAUUGAGGGUAGUGUGAGCAAUGAAAAUAGGUUGAGCGAGGGGAGUGGGAGAGGGAACGAGAGGAACGGGGCAGAGGGAGAAGAAGGAGCAGUGGGGACAGAAAGGGCAAAUGGGGCAGAGGGGGCAGAGGCAGCAGAAGAAGCGGAGAGGAAAGUGCAGGGGUCGCAGGCUGAGUUGAGAGGGGACCAGGGGGAGCUUGAGGGGGACGAAUGCAGGGAGGACGACAGAUCUAUGGGAGAGGAAGGAAUGCGCAUCCACGUGGCGGCAGCGGAUUCGCCGAGGCCACUGGUGCUGGGCGGCAGCAACCCGAGUGUGCAGGUGCAGCUGAGGGCGCUCCCCAGCCGCAACCGCGUGCGCCCGCAGAUGCGUGUGGCCGGCCGGGAGAGCUCCUGGCACCUGCGCCUCGCUGCUCUCAGGUGGGCGGCUGUACUCCUGGAUGUAGAAUUGGGCCAAGCAUCAGGAGUGGCGCAGUUGCUGCCACCCAACAGCGCCGCCCUACCUUUCCUCAUCGACCUCGCUCUCUCCCUCUGCAGGGAUCGGAUCGCUACCGUCCGGGAGGAGGCAGCCAGACAGUCGUUAUCUGCUGAACCUAAGUCUACUGGCUCCUCUUGUGCCGAGCCUCUUGCCGCUGACUUGUAUGUUUCCGAGCCUCGCGGUGGACCAGGCAGCAGCAGCACAGUGCAUGGAGAGGGGGAAGCAAGGGGCGGGGGUGGGGGGAGCAUUAGCCAGGAGAGUAAUAGUGGGAAGAGCAAGGGCAGAAGCGCGGAGGGGGGUGAGGAGGACGGGGUGAGUGAACAUGCUCUGUCCACUGGCACCAGGGACGGUCACUAUUACGAUCACCAGCAUGCUUCUGCUGCCACUCCUCACUCCACCAAUACGGUUGCAGUGAGCCCUGAUGACGCUGCUGAGGACCCCCAUGAUGAUUCUGUGAAGGGCGUUCAUCCCCACCCUGCCGCUCACCCGGGAGGAGCCCGGCCAUCGCGAUCCCCUCCCCCCCCUGACUCAGAUGCAUCGGCCUCCCAGACUCUCCUCUCUGCCUUGGCUGCUCUCGCCUCCAGUCGCAAUUUCCACGACCGACAAACGUACGUCUCUCUCCCAUUCCCCUUCCUCCUCUCUACUCGGCUCCCUCCUAUCCCCUCACUCCCCUCAUCGAUGACCCCCCUUGUUUCCCCUCGUCUCUUCUUUCCAUCAAUCUUGAUCUCGAUUUCUGGCUUUACCGUAGCGUUCGGCAUAGCCUGUACGGAGCUGCUGGACUGCAUCGGGCCAACCCUGGCAGCGCCUAUCCUUGCCUCGCCAGCGCACUCCUUUCCUCCUGCCACCACACACACACACCCCUCCGCACACACGCCCUCCUCUCCUCCCAUAGCCCUCCCCUUGCUACUAGAGCACACGUGCCUCUCAGCAUCGCAGUCGCGGUUGGACGAGCUGCGUGCGUCAGUGGCGUCAGCCCUUGCCCUGCUGGAGGGCGACGAGGAUGCUGACGUGGCAUGGACCGCUCUGGCUAGAGUGCCGUCUCCCCACGGGGAUGGGCGUGGAGAUGCCAUGGGCUCGUAUUCGGUUGCCCAGCUCCAUCACCAUCACAAUCAUGCAGCCUGA